GCAAGAGUUGAGCCAGCGCGUUGUCUAGCUUUGACGCAGUUGGUUUGGCCCCUUGUAACCCGCAUAUUCACGGAGUCUCUGAGUGGUGAAAGAGAAACUCCAGUUAGCCAGAUUCUAACCACUCUUUCUGCAGACCUUCUACUUCCAACUCUUCUUCGACUCACGGCUCACUCAGCUGCCUUUGCAGAUUCCUCCAAUUUAAUCCUCUGUAGAUUAACUGGCGAUGUAUUUCGAUGCCUUCAGAAUGAUAGGAUUCUCUGUCCAUCUGCUUUUCUCAAGGAGAAUAGCAAGCACCAUUUUGUACUCUCCGAUUCUUGUCUUCUUCGAAUCGCUCUUCAAAAUCAAACAACUUCGACUAAUUCUUGGUGCAAUGUCCCUCCUUCCACGGCUUUCAGUCUCGUCUCUUCUUACCUGGAUCUUGCUCUUCAAUUACUUUCUGCAGAAAAGGCAGCAUUUUUUGCCGACACGGAGUCCUAUUUCGUUGGGGGUGAGGAAGAGGAGGGUUUAAAAGUAGUCGGGGCAGGGCAUAGUCCUCUUCUUGCCUGUCUUGUCUUUUGCUAUCAAUUUCUUGUGGAGGCGGGGGGUAGUUCGUUGAGGGGAUUCAACAUUAUCCCGCGAUUGGCUUCUGGAGCACCGUGUCCUAAAACGGGAAUGCUUGAUUUAGUUAACAAGGCCCUGCUUUUCUUCGUUGAGCUCUUAACUUCCUUCUCGUUGGACGGCUCCAACGAUGAUUGCGUCUCUGUAGCUGAAAUUUCCCCACCGUCGUUUGAUUUACCAAUUCUCCAUUAUCGCGAUCUUCGAUCAUAUGCAUACUGGCUACUCAGCAACUCUGAACCCUUCCUCAACUGUCUCGUUAGUCUCACGAAGGUUUCUGUUGACGCCCUCCAAAUACCCCUUCAAUCGAUGGAUUUUGAUUUCCUGCGUUUUUCGACGCGUGCAGAUGAGGACCAAAUCGGUGGUGUAUCUGCAUUGGGUCAACAUCGUGUUCAAUCAACUUGGUUAGCCAUCACACUUCUUCACAGUCUUUUCCCCAGUCCAUCUACCACUUCCUCUUCAGACAGUCAUUUCACAACGUUCCUCAAGACCUUGUCUACAAAUGAUGCAAUUUCCAAUCCCUACUUUCUUCAUCUCCUCAACUUCCUUGAUCCCGCAUGUACGGUGGGGUUGACUAGGGCUACUGUUAGCCUUCUGAAGAAACUCACUUGCUUCUCGGAUCGUUUCAUCACUUCUCACCUCCAUGACAUGCAACCGCGUCUGCUCACAUUCCUCACGGAUCGCCUUCGUUCAACCUUUUCUGAUCAAAUCACCCGAACCGCUCUCAUUGACUGGCUUGCAGACAUAGUCAUGCAGGAUGUCCUCUCUGGGAUGGCUUGUGCUCCUUUCAACGGACCCGGAUUCAGUCUCCUUCGAAUGAUUUCCUCCUUGCCCUCUUCCACCUGUGUAGCUAAUUCCUCAGCCAGCGGUUUGAAUGUCGACGGUCUUCAGGGUAUUCUUAGGGAGGCAUUGAAAGAGACCAAGGCGAACGAAGAUGACCCUCUUUCAGUGAAUCUAUACUGGUCUUUGCUAAAAUUAACCGCCGCAAUUUGGAUGCAACCUAAUAAUCUCUUCCGCCAUCAGAUUCGUGAAAACACUGAUUUUUGGAAACUUCUGAGUGAUCCUUUCUCAAGUCAUAUGUCUACAAUGAAGAAAACAAAGCUUUUGCCUUCGGUUGUGGAUCUAGAAAUUGCUGGAAACUAUGCUACUGUCGUUGCCAUUGAACUUUUCGAAUUUCUCAAAUCCACCCAAAAUCUGGAUGAUGGCUUCACUGAAUUCGUUAAGAAAUUUUCAGGAGAUGUCCUCGUGCCUUGGUUGCAAAUCGCAUUCCAACUGCCUGUUGGCUCUGAAUCCUCCUUCAGUGAUUUCAGCAAGUCUCCAACGAUGGAUGCAUUAGAAUGGGCUGUGAUUCGUUGGAAGAGCGUCUUCUGCACUCUUCUAAAGUGUAACGCCUCCACGACAGAUGAAAAAAUGUACCUCAUCUCUCGUUCUCAAAUAGUUGAUCUGAUUGAUGCUUGUUUAGACAAAGCUGCUUUGUUGAUGUCUGUGCCUCAAAGUCGCUCGGUUGUGUCAAUUAUCGAUCAGUUAUCAGUAUUCCUGUCUGCCGCUGCUGGCUUUCUUAUCAGCUCAUCUGAUUCAUCAACACUCCCACUCUUCGAAUGGGUUCACAGAUGUGUUGGCUUGUUGGAACACCGAGCAAGUUCAUCGCCCUCCAAACACCAACAGCCAUCUACCACAACGAAGUUCUCUCAUUAUCACGCUGAUCUUUUCGCAUUUAUCGCUUUGUUUUUCCCUAAAGUGUCAUCUCAAGACUUGCCUGCUGGUCUCUUCGAACGACUCCUAAAUUUAUGCUUGGAGGUCUUCCAAGAUGUUUCCCUCUCUCCCCGUAUCACGACCAUCGAUUCACAGGCCUUCAUACAAGCAAUGAAUGUGAUCCAGUUAAUCUGGGGCAACUUCGAUGCGGUUAAACUCGCAAACUGUCUAAUCGAUGCUGGAAUAGUCAAUAACUUGAUCGUUAUCUUGGCUCAGAAUUCUACGACGUUCCAGGGAGCAGAGUUCUGCCAAGCAAUCAUUCGAUUUCUCACAAGAUUCAUGCUACCUGUUGAGACCAAGAGUCUUUAUCCCGACUUGUCUGCCGAAUUUGGUAUCAAAAAACAGUGGUCAGAACAAAGUAUUGCCUCCCAUUCUCCCCUUCCUCAAAUGUUGCUGUGCUACGCGUUAGAUCUCGUUCAAGCGCUCAAACUUCCUCCAACCAGCCAAAUGAUGCAGUGGUUGGCACAAGCGGAUGAGUAUAGUUCUAAUUCGGAGACAUGGCAAGACCAUCUCUACCCGAAUACCUCAUGGAGUGAAUUCAUUCUCUCCCAACUGCGUUUCUUCUCCCUCUUGGUUGCCUGUGAAGGUUGUUCCGGUGAGAGGACACCAGUUGCCAACCUCCUCUCCUCCUUCAUUUUGGCCAAUCACGAACAACUUUGUGCUCUCCUGACCCCCGCUCCUGCAAAGGGAUUACUCAUCGCCUCAGCUGUGCUUGAUCUCUAUUGGACUGCCAUGCACUCAUCAAAAGCUGUAACUAAGCUGGCUACGCCUACUUGUGUUGCAUCGGCAGCUUUAUUUAGUGGGGGUAGACGGAACACUGUGUCAUUGCCGGACGGUGUUUCAAUCUGUUUGCCAAGCGACAUUUGGAGUGGGGUCUACUCUGCUUCCAUUCACCUUGCUCGGACCUGCUCAAUACUUCUUCUCCGACCCGAGAUAGUCGAUAUCCCGAAGGUGACCUCAUCUCCCUCCGGCUCCACCUUAAAACCUUCUCCUGAGCUGACAAAGGCUUCCACAAAACUCUCCAUCAGUCUGAAACUCCUUCCAAUAAUUCGGCUUCUCAACAGCUGCCUUCGGGUCAUUACUGUUGAGACACCAAUCUUAGGCGAUUUAUCGUUGGCGUCGGCUUCGGAAAUUGCUGCACUUACUCCAUCUGCAACACUCAACUUUGCUACUCCGUCUACAGAACCUUCUAAUACGCUGACCUUCGGGUUGCUCUUCUCUAUCGCUCGGAUUUCUAGUCAACUUCUUAUUAGCAAUUCAAAAACUGCGUCGGAAGAUCAUCUUGGCCGACGUCGUUCUGAAAUAUUAUCUGUUUUAGUGGAAGUUAAUGAAUUGGCCUUUUCACUCAUCUUCUCUCAAGCAGUCAUUUGGCUGAUGAAUCCACGCAUUGACACAUCCGAGAAGCACACUCUUUCCAGAGGCUUGGCAGUGGAAUUCCAAUCCUACAACUUCCUGAGUCGGUCAUCUCGUAGGGGAAGGAAGUCAAUUGGAGGUCAAACACCAAUUAGAGGGGGAAUCAGUUCAUCACCUUGUAAGCGUAGUUUCGUCGAUGUUUCCAAUACAGUUGGGGAAUCUUCUCUCCAAGAGCUUUUCACAUUCAUUGAAUGUGCUGAACGCUUUUCUGAACUUGUAAAGUAA